CUCUUUCUUUUUCCUCUUAAUCUUAAAUAAUUAUUGGGAAUCAUCUCUCUAUCUUCCUUUUUCUUUCCAUUUCCCGGCAAACCACAAAAUUUCUCUACUACAAGAGAAUUCUCCCAUUUAGCAGUCUUCCCUCUCUCAAAAAACCAACAACGCACAUUCUUCAAAUACUCUUUUCUUUUCCUUGGUUCCCUAAUCCCUAUCAUCAUCGCAUACAUCUCUCCCAUCUCCAUCUCCCCUUUCCUCACUCUGCUGCUCUCAAUCGAUUCGAUCCAUCCCUCUGUCUGCUUCUCUAUUUUGUUUGGUUCCCUCGCUGCUUUUCCUUUGCCGGAAAGCUGAUCCCUCUGUAAACCCCAUUUCACAUCCCGGCCAUCAUUGCAAACCCGAUCAUUAUUUAAGCCGUAGAAUCUCGUCGAUCCCAGUAAACGAAAACCCAUUAGCAGCUGGCUGGAGCGGGAAACAGUCUCUGUUUUAGAAUCAGUCAUAGGAAGAAAGAUUCUUCUCCUGUCUUUCUCUCCCCUGUCUGCAGAAAUGCUUUGAAUCGAGUCGUAGUUUGGUUUUCCUUCAAUUUCCCCUUUUUUUCCUUCUUCGAUUGGUGCUCUGUUUCGUAGCUUGUAGUUGCUAUCACCGCGUUUUUUGGGUGGGUUUGUGUAGAUUUAGCUUGAAGACAGUGGUGGAGUUUCUUUUGCCCUCCCAUUGUAGCUUGUCUAGCUGUCUUCAAGACUGAUCAAAAGCAGAGCAGAGCGGAAGAGCAGUCAAUUAGCUUGAGUUGUCUUCAAGUUCGGAGAAAGCGAAACAGGGCGUUCCAUUACAAAUACCAUCUUCGUCCUCGAUCGAUCGGAAGACCCAAAUUGGAGUUUUUCUGUUACUUUUCUUAUCCGAAACGGAAAGUUAGAAACAGAAACAGGGGAGUUUCGCUUUGUUUUCCUUUUCUUGCCUGCAACCUUUUCUCUCCUUUGGUGGCAUAUUUAUCUCCUCUCUCCAAAAAGAAAGAAAAAACAAAAGAAGGAAGAUAAACGUUAGAAAGUAGGGAGUUUUUCUUUAAAAAUAUUUCGAUUCAUCUUCGUCCCCGUUUCCUAAUCUGGUCUGUCACUCUUCUCCCUCCCAAAUCUGGGAAUCCCUAAAAAUUCUCCCGAGAGACCUUCCCAUUUCACGGCCCCCUUCUUUCUCUCUCUUCCCCUGUUUUACCUCUGUUUUCCCUCUUCAACGAGUCCCUCUGUUUUCUUAGGCUUGGGGGAGAAAUUGAAUUUUUUUUUUCUUCUCUCCUCCUCUGUCUCUCUCUUUCUGGGCCUUCCACAUCUCGCUCUUUUAUUUUUGCCCUUUAAUUUUUUAAAAACAAUGAUCUUUGGCAAAGGGUCAACGCAAUCGAACCUCGAUUGCUUCCUCCAUUUCACAACCCCUGUAGUUGAAUCUCAUUCCCUGCCAAAGUCGGAGAUUAGAAACUUAAAUCGGCUGUGGCAUCCAUGGGAGAGGGAGACGGUGGAGUACUUCACGCUGGGCGAUCUCUGGAACUGCUACGACGAAUGGAGCGCUUACGGCGCGGGAGUGCCCAUUUCCUUGAGCAAUGGCGAAACUUUAGUCCAGUACUACGUUCCUUACCUCUCCGCGAUCCAAAUCUUCACCAGCAAUUCCUCCUCUGUCAACGGUCUCAGUCGAUACAGGGAAGAAACAGAGUCGGGCGACGGAGAAACGAGGGACUCGUUCAGCGAUUCGUGUAGCGACGAGAGCGAGAGCAGCGACAAGUUGUGUAGAUGGGGUGAGGGUUCUUCAUCCGACGAAGGUUGUUUCGAACAGGAAACCCUCUGGCAUCUCAACGACAGAUUGGGGCAUCUCUAUUUCCAGUAUUUCGAACGAUCCACGCCUUAUGGAAGAGUCCCUUUGAUGGAUAAGAUUAAUGGAUUAGCUCGAAGAUACCCAGGAUUGAUGUCUUUGAGAAGUGUCGAUCUCUCGCCUGCUAGUUGGAUGGCUGUGGCUUGGUACCCGAUCUAUCACAUACCUAUGGGAAGAACAAUCAAGGAUUUGUCGACAUGCUUCCUUACUUACCACACCCUUUCCUCCUCUUUCCAAGACAUGGAUUUGGAAGAUGACAUAGAGAAGCCAGAGAGGAAGCGGAAAGCAGGGGAGAGCAUCUCACUGCCACCGUUUGGGAUGGCGACUUACAAGAUGCAAGGCAGCGUUUGGGUAUCGGGGAAUUGCGGUCGGGACCAGGAGAGGUUGGUGUCGCUGUUGAGCGUCGCAGAUUCGUGGCUCAAACAGCUCAGGGUCCAGCACCACGACUUCAAUUACUUCACUGGGAUCAGGCGUGGCUGACUCACCAGCAAAGGCCAAACCACCAAAAAAAAAAUUGAAAAAGAAAAAAAAAAGAGAGAAGGGACUAGAAAGAACCCUAAAAAAAGAAGAAAAAAAGACCCCCACUAAGUCUAACUGCCGCCCCAAUCUCAUUUUGCCCUUUGCGGCCAAAAGAACAUUGGCCUUUUCUCCUCAGCUACUGAAAGACGGACAAAAACGAGAAGACAAUGAACCCAAAACCCAUUUCCCCUCUGGAAGGGGAACCCUACCAUUUGUAGAGGGAGGAGGAGGGGCCAAGUUGGGUUUGUUUUGUCACGUGGUUUUGCUGCUUGAGCUUUGUCCAGUCCAGCGGCCAUUUCCGUAGCGAUUCAGAGCGUUUUUUUUUUUGCUUCUUCCUUCUCUCGUGUUCUUUUGUCAGUUUGUGCUUCAAUGCUUCGGGUUCAGAGGGUACAUUGGACAUGUGAGCUAUGGCAGGUUGAUGAUGUUGCCUUCUCAAUCUCAAGAUCGAUCGACUGUUUAUCUCUUUGUUUGAUUUUUCUUUUUAUUGUUUUGGUUUCUAGUUGGGUUUUGGUUUAGGGAGAAACAGAGUGUCGAGGGGGCAAAGUACAGGGGAUGGGGGCAAUCUUUGCUCUGUUUUUUUGUAUUUUUUUAUAUAACUUUGAUGAAGUCGUUGUUGACUUGUAGAGUUUAAUAUGGGGGAAAAUGAAAGAGCGGAUAGAAGAAGAAGAGGGAAAGAGACGGAGUUGUUAUUCGUGAGAAAUGACUAUCUUUUCGAAUGUUAUCACUCUCUACUAACAGGGCCGUCCCAUGAUAUUCGAAUGUCCUGUUCGACAAUUUAAAAUGUGGCCCCAAAAUUUUGUGUCGCAAAUUUAUUAAAAAUAAAAUUUACAUAUGUUC